AUGUCUGUCGUCAAAUGGAAAACUGUAAGUUUUAUUAAUAGGGAUACUCCUGCUUCUAUCACCAUAGAAGAAAUUGAUCUAGAUACUUGUUUCGAAGAUAACCAAAUUGUAGUGGAAGUUUAUUCUGCUUCCAUAAACCCAAUAGAUUUUUUAUUACAUAAAGCUGCUGUUGCAAGACUAUCUUCUGCAAAUCCAAAGGCAUACGGUAGAGAUUUUUCUGGUGUUAUUAUUAGAAAAGGUCAUAAAGUCUCAGAUGAAUGGAUGAUUGGUGAUAAGAUUAAUGGUUUGGUUGGUUACUUAUAUUCACCUCAUGGUACAUUCUCAAACUAUUUGAUCGUCACCCCAGAAAAGACACCUUCAAUGACUCAUAUUGCACCUGCCACUAAAACACUGACAACUUCAGAAUAUAAUGAAUUUGAUCUUAGUGCGUCAUGGCCUCUCGUAUUUGGUACUGCUUAUGCUGGGAUAUUUCAUCCCGGUAGAGACUGGUCUAAGAUCAAUAAUGUCUUAGUGUUAGGUGCUUCUACACAAGUUGCCAACUGUUUUGUUCAAAUUGCCAAGAAUCAUUUCCAUGUGAGAAAUGUUGUUGGCGUUUGUAAUGAAAAUUCAAUUGAAUACAACAAAAGAUUUGGUUAUGAUUAUUUGGUUGCUUAUAAUAACAAUAAAACAGUAGAAAACGUUAAAGAGAUCAUGAUAACAAAACUAGAUGGUGAAAAAUUUGAUGUAAUCUUUGAUUCAUGCGGUUCUUCAGAUUUCUUGCCAAUUAUGAACGAUUUCUUAAAACCAAAAUCAACAAAUUCCUAUUAUAGUACAGUUGUGGGUGACUCUGUGUUCGAUUAUGAAAGUGUAAAUACUUUGGAUUUAUUGAAAUUGAGACUGGUGGUUCAACCUUACCGUAGAUUUAAACCAUGGAGAGCAUACAACUAUUAUUUCAAUAUGUGUUAUCCAAAUAAGGAUGUUGAAAUUCUUGCAAAUGAAAUGUUGGAAAAGAAGCAAUUUAAACCACAAAUUGAUUCAGUUUAUAAUUUUGAAGAUUACCAAAAAGCCAUUGACAGAGCUGAGUCUGGGAAAUGUAAAGGGAAAGUAAUUCUUCAAAUAAAGAAACCAAUAGAUACUUAA